AUGUCGUCGUCGGUGAAAGCUCCUGAACCUUUUUCUUUUGGUGCCAGUGAUUUGGCGGCUCAGUGGGACUUAUGGAAACGGCAGUUCCCGUGGUAUUUAGUGGCCACUCGCAGCGGUCAAAACGUGGACGAAGAGCAGCAAGUAGGUACUCUCAUCACUCUUUUGGGCAGUGAAGGCUUAAAGAUUUAUGAUACAUUUGUGUUCACUGUGGCCGCUGACGCUAAAAAAAUUCAACCAGUUUUAGACAAGUUUACCAAUCAUUUUGAGCCCCGACGUAAUGAGGUGUUCGAACGUUUGAAAUUCCUACGUCGUCAUCAAACGUCUGGUGAAACUCUUGAUUCGUGGUUGAUUAAACUGCGUGGUUUGGUAAAAACAUGUAACUAUGGACCUAGUGUUGAUUCGGUCUUGCGAGACCAGAUUGUGCUCGGUGUGGCUGACCCUUUGGUACGUGCGAAACUUUUGUAUGAGAGAAAUUUGACACUGGAUAAGGCGUGUGAAAUUGUGCGGGCGUGUGAGUCAUCGAAAGCGCAGCUCAGUCAAAUUGCCACAAAGUCAGCACCGGAAGCCGCUCAUGCCAUUCAAAGUCGUCCAGUGGACAGAAAGUUUGAAAAAAGACCUGAAUCCUCGUCCAGAGCUCAAUACGAUCGGCAGCCAUCAACGAGUCAGCGUUCAUCUCAGUCGGGAGGUGCAGCAGAUGGUCAACAAAAUCCCAAAUGCAACAAGUGUUGUCGCCAUCAUCGGAAAAAUCAGUGUCGGGUCAACAAUAUUCGGUGCUUUACUUGUGGUGUUAUCGGCUAUGUAUCUAGUUGCUGUCCUACUUCGUCGACACCCCAACAGAUGGCGCCACGUCAUUCACAAAACCCUGCGGCUAGAGUUCAUACUGUGGAGGAGGAGACACACUGGGUUGGUGAUGUGGAGCGUGGCGGUACGGCGAUGGCCCUCCCGCGGUCAAUUGGAGAAGACUACUUUAUAUCACAAGCACUGACGUCAACGUCAUCCGGUGGUGGAUCAGAGUGGCGCCAACAGGUGACGGUAGAUGGCGUUAACAUUAACUUCAAGCUAGAUUCUGGCGCAACCUGUAAUGUCCUGCCGUAUGAGUCGUUUAUUCGCCUGCCCAAAACGAGCCAACGUCUUCGCCCCGGGCCCAUUGUUCGCAGCUAUCGUGCACAAGAUGGCCUCCUACGCGUAUUGGGACUACACACGGCAAAAGUGUUUCAUAGAGGCGCUGUGUUCGUUGUAGACUUUGUUGUUGUUGAUGAGCCUGGCCAGCCGCCUCUUCUUGGGCUGCCAUCUUGUGACGAACUAAAUCUGAUUAGGCGAGUGGAUACCAUACAGUCGCCAGUUGAGACCCCACUGCCGCCAAUUGUUGUGGAUUAUAUGGGUAUUUUCACGGGAUUAGGUAAAUUGCCUGUAGAGUAUGACAUAAAGUUGCUUUCUGGUGCUAAUCGGGUGGAUCCUGUGGUGUGUGCAGCAAGUCGUCUACCGUUCCGGUUGGAGGAUCGCGUGUUCAAAAAGUUGGAGGAGAUGGUCGCCAAAGAAAUCCUCGUUCCUGUACACGAGCCAACUGAGUGGGUCAGCCGCAUGAUGGUGGUAGGAAAGUCGGACGGUGACGUGAGAAUUUGUUUGGACCCGUCUGAGCUCAACAAAGCCAGCAUUUUGCAGUCCCUACCAUUGAACAGCUGUUUAGCAAGUUGGAUUCCUUUAUCUGAAGCAGCUUCCUACUUGUGCACCAUGGCAACUCCGAAAGGCCGCUACCGCUUUCUCAGGCUGCCAUUUGGACUAAAAUUGGCUCCUGAAAUUUAUCUGCAGACCAUGAGUGACUUGUUCGGAGACCUGCCCGGCGUGCUCAUCUAUUUUGAUGAUUUUCUGGUUGUUGGAGAGACAAAGAAGGAGCUUAUCGCCAAUCUUCGUCAAGUGUUCGAGGGUUGUCGCCUCCAUGACCUGUGGCUUCAGUUAAAAAAGUUCUUUCUUCAGGAGAUCCCAUGGCUGGGCCAUGUCAUUGGCUAUGGAACAUUGAAGCCGGACCCUCUUAAGGUGUUAGCGAUUGUGGAAAUGUCUGAUCCGACUUGUCCAGCGGAUCUGGUUCGUCUGCUGGGCAUGGUGACAUACCUGGACAAGUUUUGCAAAAAUCUGGCGGGCUUAACAAGACCGCUACGGGAUUUGCUGAAGGAGGACGCGGUGUGGAUUUGGGAGCAGCCUCAACAGAUUGCGCUUAGUCAGCUAAAAAGGGCCUUGUCGUCGCUUCCAGUGCUGCGCCUCUUUGAUCAUUCGCUGCCCUUGGUUGUGUCGGUUGAUGCGUCGUCUAUCGGAAUUGGAGCAGUCUUGCUACAGGAUAAUCAGCCGAUUGCGUACUCGUCAACGUCUCUGACUGAUACUCAGAAGAGAUACUUUCAAAUCGAAAAAGAGCUCCUGACGGUUCAAUUCGGGCUCAUGCGUUUUCGGCAGUACGUUUAUGGACAAAUGGUGGUGGUGGAAUUGGAUCACAAACCGUUGGUUGGCCUCCUGGACAAGCCGAUUGCUUCUUGUUCUCCUCGGAUUCAGCGGAUGCGCCUGCAGCUCCAGCGAUUUGAUUUCAAGCUCAUAUACCAACCGGGCAAGGAGUUGUUUAUUGCCGACACGCUUAGUCGGGCUCCGUCACCCAGCCUUUUCAACGAUGACGUCACGCAAAACUGCGAGGAGCAAGUACAUGCCGUUCUCGACCUCAUCAUCCCUCAUGAUUCGACUAGAGUCAAGUUUGCUGAAGCGACGGCCGCUGAUCCAACUCUCCGCCUGCUCAUGGAAGUCCUUCGUCGUGGGUGGCCUGAUCACAAGUCUCAGUGUCCCGUUUCUGUCAAGCCGUUCUGGCCAGUCCACCACCAAUUGUCUGAAGCUGGUGGUCUACUACUCAACGGCAGCCGACUGGUGGUUCCAGUGGCACUUCGACAGGAGGUGUUGGCCGGCAUUCAUGACGGCCAUUUUGGAGAAGUGAAUUGUGUCUUGCGAGCAAAAUCGGCCGUGUAUUGGCCCGAGUGUGACGAUCAUAUUCGCAACAUGGUGGCCAGCUGUGCCACAUGUCAAACGUAUCGCAAUCGCAAUCUGUCUCAGCCUCUUCGCCCAGUGCCGUUGCCGGUGCAUGCAUUCCAGUUGGUGUCGGCUGAUCUCUUUCUUUUUAAUGGAGCCAGCUAUGUUCUGGUGGUCGACGCGUACAGCAAAUGGCCAGCAUGCGUGCCCUUGCGCACUCUCUCGUCUUCGUCCGUCAUCGCUGAGGUUGAAAGAAUCUUUAGUGAUUUUGGCGUUCCGGAAGUUGUUAUGUCCGACAACGGCUCUCAGUAUGAUUGUGAAGAAUUUCGAGCGUAUUGCAAAAGCCGCGCUAUUCGUUCCGUGUUCUCCAGCCCAACGUAUGCACAGUCUAAUGGGCUAGUGGAGCGCCACAUACAAACAGUUAAAAAGACAAUGUUGGAAAUGUUUGCUGACGGGCGGUCUCUGUGGGAGGCGUUGGCAGUGAUUCGGUCCACCCCAAUAUCAUCAGAGCUCCCAUCUCCAGCAGUAUUGUUACAGGGGCGGAACCUUCGUGGCAGCUUGCCUUUUCUAAAAAAUCGUCUAGUCCCGCAGUAUGUGCCUGCAGAGUUUGUUCGUGCCCAGCUCCAACGUCGUCAAGCGUCGGCCUGUUUUAAUCAUGGGGGUCGUCCGGAUAUUCGUGGAUCGGCGCUCAUUGUUGGUCAAAGAGUGAGAGCGUUCGUCUCUGGUCUAUGGUUGGCUGGUGCUGUUGAGGCUGUAUGCAGUGAGCCGGACUCGUAUGUGGUUCGGUUGAUGGACGGACGAGCGUUACGUCGCACACGUCGUGACAUCAAUCUGGACAACUUGCCUUCAGCGGGAUUCGGCGUUGGUCAACAGAGUAGCGGAGUGGCUGGGCCUUCAUCUAGUGUUCGUGGCUAUCGUGCACCUGCAUCUGCUAGUAAUCUACUUCCGGUGUUGUCUUGGACACCACCAACUCCGCCUGUUCUCGCUGUCAACCGUCAAGCGGCUUCAUCAGUUCCGGCAGCUUUAAAUCAGCCGUCAACAGCUGCACGCAAUCAAGUUGUUCGCAAGCCGCGUACGGCCAAGGUCUGGCCAGCGAGUUCACGUAGUAGUUCCAGGGUGGCAGCGCAGCGUCAGGCCCUUUCGUCAGAGCAGACGAUCCGUCUCGUUAGUCCGGCUCGUCCUCCUGAUCCGGUUGUGCAGGUAGCAGGUCAAAACUUGGGAGCAGAACCAGCGGCCAUUCAAGAGUAG